CCAGCGCGCAGCGGCAGCAAAGCAAAGCAGAGCCGGCUCAGCGCAUCCCUCUCGUCCAUGCAGGUGCCUGUUCCCGGCCACGCCGUGACUGAGGAGCGAUGGGGCCCCUGCGGGAGAGCGGCAAGGAGCAGAAGACGCAGCUGGAAAGGGAGGUGUCCCGCAGCCGCAUCCCCCGCCUGGUCCUCCGGCCGCAGCAGAAGGUAUCCCCAGCUUCCGAAUCGCCCUUUUCGGAAGAGGAAAGCCGGGAAUUCAACCCGCCCAGUUCCUCCGGCCGCUCCGGCAGGACCAUCAGCAGCAACAGCUUCUGCUCAGAUGACACUGGCUGUCCUAGUAGCCAGUCAGUAUCUCCAGUUAAGACUCCUCCUGAUGCUGGAAAAAGUCCAAUCAGUUUUUGCACUGGUAGCGAUGGAGAUUUCUCCAGGAAGAAAUUCAGUCCAGGGUCAAUGAGUGAAGGGAACAUACAGCUGGCUCGAUAUAAGAAGGACACAAAGACAAGCCUUGUAAAGCCCGGCAGUGAAGCUGAUUUUAGCUCUUCAAGCAGCACGGGCAGUAUUUCAGCACCUGAAGUCCAUAUGUCUGCUGCUGGAAGCAAAAGAUCUUCUUUUUCUCGCAAUCGUGGCCCUUAUGGUCGGAAUAACGGAUCCUUGUCCUACAAGUCUGGAGCCAGCCCACCUGCUUCCCAUGGAAAGGACCCUUCGUCAACACUGUGCAAAACCCAUCUGAAUCCUGCUAAUAUCCAUCAGAGUUACAGGGCUUCUUCAGCCAGCAGCAGCAACUCAGGCUCAUACAAAGGAAGCGACAGCAGCCCAGUGAUGAGGCGAUCAGGGAGAUACAAUUCUUGUGGUGACAAUCACAGCAUUAAACCACAAAAUCCAGAGCAGUAUUUGACUCCUCUGCAGCAGAAAGAAGUGGCAGUACGGCAUUUGAAAACCAAGCUGAAAGAAUCUGAGAGCAAACUUAAAGAAAGGGAAACAGAAAUAGAAGAGCUUAAAGCUCAACUGGGACGGAUGAGGGAAGACUGGAUUGAGGAAGAGUGCAAUCGUGUGGAGGCAGAGCUCGCCUUAAAGGAAGCAAGAAGUGAAAUUAAACAACUCAAGCAGGUUAUUGAAACCAUGAAAAACAGCUUGGCUGAGAAAGACAAAAAAAUUCAGAAAUACUUCAUAGACAUAAACAUUCAAAACAAGAAACUGGAAUCUUUGCUGCAGAGCAUGGAGAUUGCUCAAAACCACUCUGUGAGGGAUGAGCAGUGCCUGGAAUACACGUGCGACUCAGAGGGGAAGCCAUUAGCAUUGUGUGCCACUGUGCCAGACAGCCUCAUCACAGAGGAAGAAACUCUGGAGGAAGUGGCAGACAGUGAGCUGCUUCUUAGUGAAGACAGAGCUCAUGGGACUGACUCAUCUGGAGAGAGUUUGACCACCACAACCUCUGAGUUGAGUGAUCCUGCUCCCUUCAGUGGUUCUGUAACUAAAGAAAUGCUUGAAAUCGUUCUGGACGGGAAACUAACUUACUGCCAGGAGGCAGAGAAAAGCAACAACAUGAUGGUGGAGCAGGCCAUCCAGACUGACGUGGUGCCAUAUAGCCUAGAUGUGGAGCAGCUCAUUCAAAACAUCUUCAGAGCUCAAGAUACCUGCCCUCUAAGCCCACCUUCUUCACUGAAGGAAUUGGGUGAAUUUUCUCUUGAAAGCUUCAGUGAUUCUGGUAUCAUAGUGGACUUAACUCCAAGUGAUCCCAAUUCUGCCAUCCUUUUGUCUCCCAUGGAGUCUCCAUGCAGAAAGGUGGAGCACGGAGUUAAUGAAAAUCGUUUCAUGAAAGAACUUGAUUUUACAGAACCUCAUGAUGAUGAAGGCUUUGAGUAUGUCAAUACAGGAAUAAAGAGGAGAUACUGGAGCAACAGUCUCCUUGGAGAUCUUCUGGCUGUAGCAGCCCCUGUUGUACCAACUAUUGUGUGGGCUUUGAGUACUCAGAGAGGAGGAACAGAUCCUAUUUACAAUAUUGGAGCAUUGCUUCGUGGUUGCUGCCUGGUGGCCCUGCACUCUUUACGCCGAACACCCUUCAAUAUCAAAACCUAAAGUCUACUCUGUCCCUGGGCACUAACUGGCUAUGGCAGAGAGAAGGAGGGAUGAAAUAGAUUAUAAAAAGUUACUGUAUAUUCUGGCAGAGUCCAUCAUUUUGCUUUUGACUAUUUGAUUUGCACUAUAAAUCACUUCAAAAACAUGUUCCUUGUUUCAAAAUAAAAAA